AUGCCUAGUUUGUCCCACAAUCAGUGGACUAUCCUCCAGGCUGUGGUCCCAUUAUUACUGUUCAUUCACUCGGAGCCGGCUGCCCUAGCUAUCCACUUUGCUCUACGGGAACUCAACUCGAUCCUUACAGGAGUGUAUUCCGUCAUAUUUCUCGGAUGCCUGUACAUUUUCUUCUCCCAGUAUAACGAGGCGCAACACAAGCGCCUGGUGCUGAUCAAUAUUGUCCUAUUUCUACUCUGUACAGCUCAGUGGGCCUCCUUUUUCCUCCUUGCACUCCUCACAACGGAUCCCGUAUCGGAUUAUACGGCUGCUGUGAAGCAGGCGUACGUCAAGGACAUCCUCGUGGACCUGAAUAGCUUGGCCAAUACAGCUGCAGUGUGUACUGCAGAUGGUUUACUAAUAUGGAGGUGCCGAAAGAUAUGGGGUGGCCGCUUGUCAGUAGUUGUCCUCCCUAUCCUUGUCCUCAUCGUAGGAGCAGGAUGUGGAAUCGUGAACUUCGUUACAAUCACCAUACAAAUAGCGAUGCAACAUGCAAAUGCUCUCGCCGACCCCUCACCGCCGCCGCUGUGGUUUACGCUGGCCAACAUUUCUGCCGACGUAGAAAUUGCUCUUGCUGCAGCCUCGUUUCUCGUGAAUAUGUUGAUGACAGUGCUGAUAGGUGCAAGAAUAUGGUGGAACACCCGAGGACUCAAUGAAAUGUUUGGUCGCAAUCAAAGGAAGGAAUAUAUCCGAGUGAUCUUGGUAGUUCUCGAGUCCGGCGCCGUCUACUCCUUGCUUCUUCUCUUGUCCAUGAUAUUCACCGCCCUUGCCGGAGAUUCAGCGAAUAAAUACAAUGACUACCUUCCAAGUUGUCGGUAUAUUUCCUACCGCCAUCCUCCUCCUGGUACGGCUGGGAUUCACGUCAGAAAACGCGACGAAUUCUGCGGGGACCGGAGCGACCUUAUCUAG